GUCACGCUGCUGCUGAGGCUCGGGACGGGAGCAGAGCAGCACUGCGGGCAGGGCACCUACUUGCACGAAGGUCUCUGCUGCAUCUCUUGCCCAGCAGGUACCUACGUCGCCGAGCACUGCAGUGCUCCCCACUCGAGAGGAAGAUGUGUCCCGUGCAUAGAGGGGGAGACUUACACUGGCCAUGAGAACGGCUUGNNAGGAUGCUUGCCCUGCAGGCAGUGCAAAGAUGAUCAGGUAACUCUGAGAUCCUGUACGCUGGUGCGUGACACUGAGUGCCAAUGCAGAGAGGGGUAUUUCUGCCCUGCUGAGGGCUGUGAAAUCUGCCAGAGAUGCAGUACAAUGUGUCCAGAAGGGAAAGAAAUUGUGCACAAUUGCAAUGCUACCAUGGACCUUGGAUGUGGCUCACCUGAUCAAGGUCUGGGCAGUACUAAAGGCCUCAUUUCACCUGAAGCGGAGACACCUGCAACUAACUCAGAAACCCCAGAAGAUGAGAACUCUGGUGAGAGCCCAGAGGACCAAGAACAAACCAACGUUAACUCCGAAGGGGAAGACAAACUGCCAGAGGAAAACAGCUUUGUAUCUCCAGGAAGCUUUCAGCUUGUGCCUUCCGAGUGGGGCACCAUCCUGCGCAAGGUACGAGAUCGAAGGUAUCGAAUAAUUGUUAAAGAUCUCUCUCAGAAAGAACUGAGAUAUAGCUUUUGGACCUUUAUAAAAGAAGUACCACCCAGAAAAUGGAGGCAGCUGAUGAGAACUCAUCUGCUUGAAAACGAUCUUGCUAAAAUUAUUCAAGACUUUCCUAAUGAUACAGAAGAGCAAUCUUAUCAGAUGCUUCUCACCUGGAAAAACACACUGGGAGAGAAACAAACUAUUAUUAAGCUACUGGAUGAGUUACAGUCUCUAGACAGCAAGGCUUAUGAUAAUGUAUUGAACAUUUUAAAAAGUAGUAACAUUAUAAGUAAAUUAGAAGCUACCGAUUAA